AUGGCGGAGAAAAUCAAGAAGUUCUUCGCCAGAAAGAAGGCGGACGCCCGCUUCAAGAUGGCCGGCCCCGGCCGGAGGCUCGCCGAGUCCUCGACGGCGGUCGUGGGGCCCAGCAAAUCGAAGCCCGCCGCCCACGUGCCGGCCAAAGUCGAGCCCACCGAGGCCGCCCGACAGGCCGCCGAGGCCGCUCUGUUGAGGCUACAAGGUCAGAGGAAAGAUGUGGCGUUUAAUACAUCGUUGGCUGCUAUUCAGGCGAAGGUGCGUAGAGAACUCGAAGCGGAGAACAAGAAAGCGCCCGAAUCCGUUCAGAAACAAGAACAAGAUUGUAGAGAAACCGAGUACGAGUGUUCCUCACAUUUGGCUGUGAAUGGCGUUUACUUCAAAUGUCCCUUAAUUAGUGAUGAAAUAUUGACCAAAGAAGAAUGGAAAGGGAAAAUCAAAGAGUUUUUGUUCAGCACCUUGGCCGAGGAAAGGAUCAUGACGUCUUGUUUGAUCAUAUAUUCCUGCAAUUACAAUAGAACAAAGGUAACCGACUGCGCCAACGUCCUCAUCCGCUACCUGGACAAUCUCAUCGCCAAUCCCGACGAAACGAAAUUCCACAAAAUCCGCCGCUCGAACGCCGCCUAUCGCGACAAAGUCGCGCCCGUCCUCGGCGCCGACGAGUUCCUCUACGCCGCCGGCUUCCGGCCGGAGCGCAUCGACGACGAGGACUUCCUGGUGUGGUCCGCGGACAAUCUCGACGACGCCGGCGCUCUGUUGUUGCUCAGAGAAACGCUCAAAGCGGAGGAGCGAGUCGAAUUGGAGAUCGAGAGAAGCUUGAGGGUGUUGUCGCCGGCGCAGGCGUCGCGACGCGUCGAAUUGCCCGCCGAUUUCUUCGCCAUGUCGGCCGACGAGCUGAAGAGGGAGCGGCAACAACGGAGCGAAACGGCGGAGAAACAGUUGCAAUUGAGGACGAAGGCGAUGAGGGAGAAAGAUGAAAUAAGGGAAAUUAGAAAGUACAAGUUUUGCCUGAUUAGAAUCAGGUUUCCCGAUGGGCUCUAUCUACAGGGAACGUUUUCUGUCUACGAAAAAUAUUCAGAAGUGAUGGAGUUCGUGGGUGAAAACUUAGAGCACGAAGGUUUACCUUUCUAUUUGGCCGAUCCGACGGGUCGACGAUUGGAGGAGAUCGAUAAGGAGGCCAGUUUGAUGGAUUUGCGUUUAGUACCGGCUACUAUACUGUUGUUCCAUUGGGACGAGGCCAUCGAAGAGGAUUUGAAAGCGGCCGGUAAUGUGGCUUAUCUCAAGCCGGAGGUGAUGUUGAUGGUCGAGUCGUUGUAG